AUGGCGUCCAGUGAUGAUACAACUCCUCCCGAGAGCCCCGGGUCUGUCUUCCAUGACUUUGACCUGGAGCAUGUCUUUAAGAAAGCCGAGCAGCACGUGAGAAGUGAGGAAAGCAAGAAUUUCGUCGUUGAGUUCGGGUCCGAAAGAGCGCGGAUUGCAUUCGACUUUGAUAUAGAUGACGCUAGGAAGUUGCUGCUUGACCAAGACCCCGACGAAAAGAAAGAAUACCCUAUUCGAUGGAUCAACAUAUGGGACCCUAGUGGGCAGAAAGAUAUCAUGAAGGCCAUAAGCGAUAGAUACGAAUUUUCGCCUAGGUUGCUUGGUCUAAUGACUACGCCAAGAACCCAGAGGGACGAGAUACGACGGCAUAAACAUAGAAGAAGGGUCACAAUUGCCCACCUACGAGGGCCUAGGGACGUGGAGAAAGGUGAAAGCGUAUAUGGCGACUUUCCUGUGAACCCUCCUACGAACCCAUCUGCUCCCGCAGAGCUUAACGAUAAUAUUGCUCUUUAUUUACAAGUGAAAGACACUGUAAACUACUUCUCUACAGACCAAACACCGAAGGAUACUGUUCUGUCGAUCCAUGAGCAGCACUCGUUAGAGCCAGUACCGGACAAAGAGGACUGGAUAAAGUGGCGUCAAGCUGAGUUCGAGUAUAUGAGAGCUCAUACAUUAGACAUACUCCGACAACUUUCCACCAAAGGAUAUAUACUAUAUGAAAAUAACCCACUCGCUCAGAGCUCGGUUCGGACAUCGCUAGGAACAUCCAAGCGAGAAGUAAACAGACAACAAUCGGGGAUGUCUCUUUUCAGCAAUAGCGAAAUAGGGAGUUUAGCUGAUGAAGGGACAAGUAACCUCUUCUAUUACUUAUUUGAAGACUACGUUGCAGCAGGCCCUCUCAAGGCUGCAGAACAGGAAUUGGAAGAACUGACUGAAAAGGUGCUGGAGAGUACGCGUCGAAAAAAAAUGUCCAAGAGCUACGAGAUUAUACCUACAUUACAUUAUCUAAGCAAGGAUCUCCGAGAGUUCAAACAUUUGUUCGAGAACUACAAAAACCUAAUAAGCAAGAUCAUGGUAGUUGGGAAGCCCGAGUUACAUCAUAACGGUGCAUUAUUCGAUGGCGAUCGAAAAGUAUACCUAUCGAACUCGGCGCUCAGUCGAUUUGAUAGGUUAAGCGAUCGGCUUCAGUAUCUCAUGCUGAACACCAUCGAAGGUUAUCUCGAAGAAAUAGGGGCGUUAUCAACUACAUACUUCAACUUAACGCAGCAGAAAGACUCGCAGGCAACGGCAAGACUGACGAGAAGCGCAACGCUGCUAGCUAAGCUCAGCGUCUUCUUUCUCCCGAUUAGUUUUAUGACGAGCUACUUUUCAGUGCAGGUCGAGGAUCUGUACGUGUACUGGACCGGCAAGAUGUAUUGGACCGCGUUUGCGGUGAUAGCGAGCGUUUCGUUUGUGAGUUUGUUCUUCUUUAGUAGACUGCUCAUGUUCGCAAUAGACGAACUAGAUGCUUGGGCAGCCGUCACGGCGGAAUGGAUGAGUAGGGUUCUUCAAACACUUCGAACUUGGUUGAGACUUAAACCUAAGGAUGUUGAUAAAGAUGAUUAA